CAAUUAUUUCCUGUGCCACGGCCCCGGCUUUUUUAAGCAAAGCUGUCUUGCUGUAUGUUUUUAUCAAUUGACUACUUGUCACUCCCUGUUGGGGAUGUAGAAGGGAGCUGAUGCGCUCUUCUAUCUCUGCCCCCAACAUGGCUAGCAAAUCGAAAGUUGCACCGAGCGUGGAAUUUGAUCACAGCUGCUCGGACAGUGUGGAAUAUCUGACUCUUAAUUUUGGGCCCUUUGAAACUGUGCACCGCUGGAGAAGACUACCGCCCUGUGAUGAGUUUGUAGGAGCCAGACGAAGUAAACACACGGUUGUUGCUUACAAAGAUGCCAUAUACGUUUUUGGAGGUGAUAAUGGGAAAAACAUGUUGAAUGACCUUUUGAGAUUUGAUGUGAAGGACUGCUCUUGGUGCAGGGCAUUUACAACAGGAACCCCUCCUGCACCAAGAUACCAUCAUUCCGCUGUGGUCUACGGAAGCAGUAUGUUUGUAUUUGGUGGGUACACUGGAGAUAUUUAUUCCAACUCCAACCUGAAGAACAAGAAUGACCUUGUGGAGUACAAGUUUGCAACUGGCCAGUGGACAGAAUGGAAGGUGGAAGGAAGGUUACCUGUUGCGAGGUCUGCACAUGGUGCCACUGUCUAUAAUGACAAGCUGUGGAUCUUUGCAGGGUAUGAUGGAAAUGCCAGAUUGAAUGAUAUGUGGACCAUUGGACUUCAGGAUAGAGAACAAGCUUGUUGGGAAGAGAUUGAACAAAGUGGUGAAAUUCCACCUUCGUGUUGUAAUUUCCCUGUAGCUGUUUGCAAAGAAAAGAUGUUUGUUUUUUCUGGCCAGAGUGGAGCAAAAAUUACCAAUAACCUGUUUCAGUUUGAAUUCAAAGAAAAAGUCUGGACACGUAUUCCAACAGAGCAUCUUCUAAGAGGCUCCUCUCCCCCUCCUCAGAGGCGAUAUGGUCACACGAUGGUAGCAUUUGACAGGCAUCUUUACGUGUUUGGUGGUGCAGCAGAUAACACACUCCCUAAUGAACUUCAUGCAUAUGAUGUGGAUUCUCAGACAUGGGAGGUCAUAACAGCCAGUCCAGACAGUGAGAUGCCCAGUGGGAGACUCUUUCAUGCAGCAGCAGUCAUCUCAGAUGCCCAGUACAUCUUUGGUGGAACUGUGGAUAACAAUGUCAGAAGUGGAGAAAUGUACAGAUUUCAGUUUUCCCGGUACCCAAAAUGCACUUUACAUGAGGACUAUGGAAAGUUGUGGGAGAACAGACAAUUCUGUGAUGUGGAAUUCGUUCUUGGAGAGAAAGAAGAGCGAGUUAAAGGUCACAUAGCAAUUGUUACAGCCCGAUGCAGGUGGCUGAGAAAGAAAAUCACACAAGUGCGGGAGCAACUGCUGCAGAAAUUGAGACAGGAAACUGAGGAAGAGGAUUGUCAGCAUGAAGCACAAAAGAAUUCAGCAUACACUAACAUUAAGCUCAGCCAUUUGUUGCCAGUAUUACAAGUGACUAUUAGAGAGGCUGAAGCCCAGCCAUUUGAGGUACUUAUGCAGUUCUUGUACACAGAUAAGAUUAAAUAUCCACGCAAAGGUCAUGUUCAGGAUGUACUUCUAAUUAUGGAUGUCUACAAAUUAGCUCUCAGUUUUAAGUUGUCUCGCCUUGAGCAGCUGUGUGCCCAGUACAUUGAGGCCUCUGUGGACCUUCAGAAUGUUCUGAUAGUAUGUGAAAAUGCAAAUAAGUUACAGCUGGAUCACUUAAAGGAACACUGCCUUAACUUUGUAGUGAAAGAAUCGCACUUCAAUCAGGUGAUUAUGACAAAAGAAUUUGAGCAUCUUUCUCCUCCUCUAAUAGUGGAAAUUGUACGUAGGAAGCAGCAACCCCCAGUCCGUGUGCAUUCUGACCAACCUGUUGAUAUAGGCACUUCAUUGGUACAGGAUAUGAAGGCAUACCUGGAAGGUGCAGGGUAUGAGUUCUGCGAUAUCAUGCUACUCCUUGACGGUCACCCCAGGCCAGCUCAUAAAGCCAUUCUUGCAGCACGCUCCAGCUAUUUUGAAGCCAUGUUCCGUUCCUUUAUGCCAGAAGAUGGACAGGUGAAUAUCUCAAUAGGAGAAAUGGUUCCCAGCAAGCAAGCCUUUGAGUCAUUGCUACGUUAUGUUUACUAUGGAGAUGUGAACAUGCCUCCAGAAGACUCUCUCUAUUUGUUUUCAGCACCUUAUUAUUAUGGCUUUUCCAACAACAGAUUGCAGGCCUACUGCAAGCAGAACCUGGAAAUGAAUGUCACAGUGGAAAAUGUACUGCAGAUUUUGGAAGCGGCUGAUAAGACACAGGCUCUAGAUAUGAAAAAGCACUGCCUGCGAAUCAUUGUUCAGCAGUUCACUAAGGUGUCCAAAUUAUCAAAUCUACGGUCACUGAGUCGACCACUUCUCCUUGACAUCAUCGAAUCAUUAGCCAAUCACAUAUCAGACAAACAGUGUGCAGAACUAGGUUCUGACAUAUAAGCCUUAUGUGUUAUCCUUAAUUAAAUGGCUGUCACUUCUGAGAAGUUAAAAAGUGCUCAAUGUCAGACUCCUUCAUGAAUGUGAUGCCUGUAGUUUUCAUACUUCAUAUUCUGCUGUAUCAAGACAAUGCAUUUGGAACGGUAUAAAAUUAAUUACAACAGAACAUUGGCAUAAAACAAGAAAAUCCGACAAUGACAAAAAAACACUGCAUUACUCUCUUGUUAAAAUAUUGUGUUGUAUCAUGGUAUCUUUUUUUGAGGAGGGCAGUGGUUACGGUAAGUCAUAACAUUUUGGUUAAUCUGCCUUUGUUUUUCAGUCAUCAGUCUGCAGUUUUCCAGUAGUAGUACUGUUCCCUGCGAGGAUUAAUCACCGAUCUCUUGUAUUGAAGUUGCUGAUAAAGGUGGUGUGAGGCUCCCAAGGUAGAUAUUUUGUUCCAAAAAAACACCAAAGCUUGUUUUGUUUUGGACUGAAAAGCUUGAAUCAUAAGUACCUCACGUUAAAUAAAGCUAGUAAAUAGA